AUGUCGUCGUUGAAUUCACCGUGCGCCGCGUGCAAGCUUCUGCGGCGGAAGUGCACGCAGGAGUGCGUGUUCGCGCCGUACUUUCCGCCAGACAAUCCGCAACGGUUCGAGUGCGUGCACCGCGUGUUCGGCGCGAGCAACGUGUCGAAGCUGCUGAACGAGCUCAGCGUGGCGCAGCGCGACGAUGCCGUUAAGUCACUGGUGUAUGAGGCGGAGGCGCGAUUGCGUGACCCCGUGUAUGGCUGCGUGGGAUUAAUUUCUUUGCUACAGCAACGGCUCCGUCAAAUCCAAAUGGAGCUUCAAAGCGCGAAGAAGGAAUUCUCCACUUAUGUUAGUCCUCAGACUAUGCAGAUUCUAUUGGCCAAUCCAGGGAUGUUACCUCCUGCCGAGGUUGUCGUGCCUCAUCUGCAUCAAUCUAUGUUCAAUCAUGGUGGCAACAACAUGGCGCCGCCGCAGAUUUUGGUUGGCCAUGGCGGUGGCCAGACGGUGGUUCGCGACCCUCAGCAGCAGGAUUUUCAAGAAGCUCAGCAGAUGGUUCUUGCAACUAGGGAGCAGCAACAGAUGUUUAGAAACUAUGAGCAACAAGAGUUUGGUGGUUUUGAACCUAGUAAUGGUGGAUUUGGGAACCAAGCAGAAUUGUUGUCUCCUUCUUUGGCACUUGGAAAUUUUGGUAAUGUUGGAGCUUACCAGAUGCAGCAGCAAGGAGAUCCACAUCCCAUUGAGGCACAGUUGCUCCUCUCGCCACAGCAGGUGCAGCCCCAUCAGCAACAACAGUGUGAAAGUGAGGAUAAGGAAUGUGCUUGA